AGUUUGAGACACUUUGUCUUGAAGUGCGUGAGAGGGUAGCAGGAAUCGUUUGCUCCAAAGUAUUGCCCCUCAGCAAAGUAAUCUUGUUUCAAAAUGGCAGAACAAUCGACUAUAGAUUUGGAGAACCGAGAUCCUAACAACAUCAACGACCAUUUGAAGGUCCAGUUUGAGGAUGUUUUGGCGGAGCCCGAAGGUGCCCACAGCAUUGACUGCUGCUGGAAGUGUACCAACACAUGCUUCAACUGCGCCUUCAAAUGCUGCUACAUGUUGAUGACCCUUUGUGGACCUCUCUACGGUCUCUACUACGGUUGGAGUUACGCCAUGCUUGCCUGUGCUCACGUGUGGCAGUACACACCACAGAUCAGAGCUUGUGAGAUCAACUGCAUCAUGCUGAGGAAAAUAUACACCAUCUGCCUCAACUGCUGCCUGACGCCAUGCUGCGAGUCUUGUGGUGCCUUCUUCAGCAAGAUUCAAGUCAAACAAUAACACAGACACAAUCUUGAAGUAUCCUGGCGUUCUUGUACUGAGUAAAACACGGUAUAAGAUUGAUCUGGAUGGACCUGUCUCUUGGACACACUGGCUUCAAUGGGAAUAUGUUAUACUAAAACCAAUAACAUGUUCUGCCAUCGAGAACAACCUUCAUCUGCUGCAGUGACAUUUCUGGAUGUGAAACUUGAAACAUGCCUGUUCCGUUUUCUGAACAAUUCCUGUCUAUAUUAAGGAUCUUGUGUCUUGUAUCUUCAGUUGUGUACAAGAAACUUGACUUAACGUAAUCUAUGUUCUAGGAGCACAAAGUAUGCAAAUAAAUGUACUUUCUCUUAUUAAAGAAGAUUAUGUAAAGUGCUAUAUCUAUAAAGGAACCUUUCUGUAUAUUUCGCCUUUCGAGAUACAAAGAAAGACAAAAGUGUUCUGUUUUUUUAUGAUUUAACUACUACAUCAAGGAGAACAACAUCGAAUAAUAUUGUACAUAUUUCUACUGGCAUUACUGCGGCCAAUAAAUCUUCUUUUGUUUUACAA